CGCGAACCUCGCGGGAUGGCCGCCGUUUCCAAUGUCACGCUCCCUCUGUGACGUCUCUCCUUCGCGCUCCCCCGUCUCCUUCCUUACUACCUCAUACUGGUAGGGAUCUGUCUGUGUUGCACAGCAGCGAUCGGCAUCCUUGCCUGGACUGGCAAGUAGCUCCUACUGCAGCGUAACCAUGCCGUUGACCAAAGUGGGCAUCCUCGAUGAGCACGGCCCGGUGCUGGUCCUGCCCUCGUACUCGCAAGAAUGCGUCGCCGACUGGAUCUCAUCUGAUGCCGAUCUUCUGCGCAACGCGCUCUCCUUUGUGCGCUCCGGUGCGGCGGCGACGCAACUAGGACUUGCGGGGCGCCUCGAUGGGACGUACUUCUUGCCGGUCUCGCACGGUGGCAAGGAUAUGAGCUACAGCUUCAACUUCUGGCUGCCACCGCCAUACCGCGUCAUCAUGCUCAUCUCUCUCGGUCUGCUGUGCUACGCGAACAAUCUACACACCCUGGGGGGCCUCGCGCUUGACCCAGCACGACUUCCUAAUUUUAGCCACGAAUCCGCCAGCAAGACAGGGUCAGGACAUGGACAUUUGCCGCAGCAUCGGCCACUGACUAGCGCGUCGCCGGGCAAUCCCUCAGGGUCCGGGUCAGAAAGCUCGGCAUCUUUAUCGCAAUUGCAAGUCUCUACGAGCAGCCUUCUACGAUAUAGAGCUGCAUACGUGCUUGCUCUUGUGUACGCUGUACUCAGUACUUUUGGAUGGCUCAGCUUUCGAUAUUGGGUAGAUGGUGCACCAUCCGGCGAUCCAUUCGGGAAUCAUGCUCAAUUCUACCAAGGAGUCAUCUUCUUCGGGGCCAUUUCGCUGUCCCUCUGGCCAGGACGCUUGCUGUUCAAAUCCGUCCGCUUCACCUUUCUGCGCUCGCUCCUGCGCAUUUCGAAACCCAGCUUCGCACAACGCAUCAGCUUCGGAGAGGUGCUGCUCGCAGAUAGCCUGACCAGCUUCGCCAAGGUAUUUGGCGAUGUGUGGCUAUCGCUGUGCUUUCUCUGGCCGCGCCAGGAGCACCACACGUGGUGGAAUGGCAAAGGCAGCCUGGCCGUGCCGUUCAUGGUCUCCUUACCGUACCUCAUCCGAUUACGGCAAUGCUUGUCGGAGUAUGCUACGUCUGCACCGACUGUCUCACUUCAGUCUGGGAAGGGAAGGCGUUCGAGAAAGCCAUUAGCAAAUGCGCUCAAGUACGCUACCGUACUGCCGGUCAUCUGGCUGAGCGCGUUGCACGAGAUGGCAAGAGAUGCGGUCCUGCUUGAACUCGACGCGCGGGUCAUCCCCAUAGAGGAGUUGGAUUCGGGGCUGAGGCGUUAUGGGGAUCUCAUCUUUCAGCUCUGGCUCUUCGCUGUCUUCGUCAACACUAUUUUCUCGUUCUGGUGGGACGUGACGAAUGACUGGGGCCUGGACUUGCUGCGAUUCAGCACAUGGUCUUCUGCCGCCCCAGGCCUUGCAAAAGGCGUGCGCCAGAGUCUUCACAAGCGGGGGAUCAGCGGCGUGUCGAGCGUUCGAGCAGCGUACGGACGCAGAUUGUCAUGGCGGCCGCCGAGUCUUCUAGGUAGGGCCGAUACGGUUAUCAGUGAGGAGAGAGAUGAAGAAGAGUCUGGUGAUGGCAGGAGUAAGGCCAGUGACCGGAAGCAUUUCAGUGAAUUGCGAAGGGGCCAGAUCGCUCCAGGAGACGCACAGGAUGUGCGAACCUCUCCGGCAAUGGCGAUAGAGGAAAGUGGAGAGGUACGAGGGAUACAUCAGCGAGCGAACGAAGACAUGACGCCAUCGGCGUCUGGAUUCAGCCCUGAUGCUAGGAGCUUGUCAUCCUCCUCAUCACCAUUUGGGCCAGCCUCGCCAUCAGACGCUUUCUCGUCUUCCUCAUUGCUACAGCCGCCUUCGCUGGCCACACAGCACCACCACCAUCAUGAUCAACACCGGCGGAAGAGUUCGGUCGCGCUGCUGCGCUCGCCAGCGAAGGGUCACAGCAUGCUUUUCCACCCGCUUGCGUACCAGAUCAUCGUGGUGCUCAAUCUGAUUCUGCGAUUCCUCUGGUCGCUCAAGCUCUCAUCGCGCCUGCACCACAUCGCUGAGCUCGAAGCGGGCGUCUUUACGCUCGAAGCGCUGGAGAUCGUCAGGCGGUGGGCGUGGGUCUUCCUGCGCGUCGAGUGGGAGUUUGUCAAGCAACGACGCCUCACGGCCUCCAUCAGCGAGGGCGGUGCGGCGGCAAGUGCAGAAACAGCAGCAACACCCUCUUCCACUUCUUCGUCUGCUUCGUCUUGUGCUUCGUCGUUUUCUUCUUCAGCAGCAGCGGCAAGGGCGACAGACACGGCGAAUGGGGAUACAGCUCCGCCUACCGGUAAAGUUAGGGCGUACGAAGGAGAGGGGCGAUGAGGAACAUUCUGAUCCAUUGACGGCAGAAGUGCUCGCAUCGCUUCGUGAUGGUGAGAGUGUUUAUACUUGAUUCACUAUACUAUAUCUUGCAUGCAUACCGGCUAACAUCCCUUCACGGAUCAGAUAAGCUGUCGGAUAUAACCCUAUGCAGCAGUCCUACACUCAUUAUAUACACCCUCGGCUGGUUCCCUAAUUUAUCGGUCGCGCCGCGUCCCACCACACCACUCCACGCCACGGC